AGGGCUUACGACUCGUAUAAAGAAGCAGGCUCCCCACCAGCCAGGCCAAGCGCUGAACACCAACACUGAACAUCACCAGGCCCCUCCUCAACACGUGAGACGUUGAGCCUUGCCAGUUAGUAGCAGCCAAGCAGCCAAGAACCAAGCCGCUGCUCCCCGACAUAUCAAUAUCUUCAUUGCCCAGCGCAUUCGCGCCUGCCACCUUUCCCAUCCUACUCGCCAAAUUCCCCUCAAGUAUUCCGGCGUGAGUUUCAAAGCCUUUCCGCCAGAUCCACCACCACCGACCCCAACAUGAAACCCCUCAUCUACCUCACUCUCCUCGGCCUCUCCGCAACCACCGCCCUCGCCGCUCUCCGCCCCGACGCAACCUCCGAAGAGGUCGCCGCGGCGGAAGCCGAGUGCGGGUCCCUGGGCGUGAUGAGGAUCGACCCAGCCGAGCUGCCCGAGGGCGUGACCAUGGCCGACGUCCGCAUGUGCGCCGACCAUCCCCUCGGCGCCCGAGCAAUUCCGGGUCUGGGUCCUGGGGCGUUGGCCAGGUUCCGUCGGUUCUUGCCGAGUUGGGUGUUUUGAGGACGGCCGGCUUCGGGAGCGGGGUCGAGGCUCUGUAGGGAGUGAUUAGGUAGUCCGGCGCGCGGGAAUUUCUUUAGCGUGUACAGGGGCAUAGUUGUUUAUGUCAGAUGUGGUUUACCUGCGCCCCCCCAACAGGUGGGAGGGAGCAGACGUUUGAGGAUGGACUUCUGGAAAUGGAUAGCUGUUGUUGUCUGUGGAUUUUGGGGGAAAUAGCAGGGCAAUCUUCGCUGCUCUCCGAGAUAUGAUCGAUACAGAUCUCCUGGCAUAUAAUCAGCGAACAUCCGUGUAAAGACGCAAUAUGUUCGACGUUUUCCUGGAGACGCGCCGAGUGUCUAGCCCGAAUAACAUUCCUGCAUAGCGAGGCUUUAUCAGCCAAUGACAUACGGUGUAUGCCAUCGAAUGCAGCGCAGAAAGCAAUGAGCUAUUGCAGCGCG